CCCGGAGGCCCGGGGGGAAGCGCGGCUGGGCAGGAGUAUCCGUUUGCGGGUGUUGACGCUGGGCCCUGGCGGCGCAGUGCUGUGCCAGCGUGCGUGCCCAUCCGCAGCGGAGCGGGUUCCUCCGCCUGCCGCCCCGCGUUCCUCGCGGACGUGCCCUGCUCCUCCUCCAGCGAGGGCACCGCGGCCGCUUCCCUCCUCCGCUCGGCUUUCUGCUGCGCCCGGUUACCUGCCGCGCGUUCACUACAUGAAAGAGGGCCCAGCAGCGAAACAUAUUUUCUGUUUUAUUUCAGAUAAAUGCACUCUGAAUCUUGGGAGCAGAUGCCAACUUCGAGCGUUUGCACUGAUCCCGCUGUGCAGUAGCGAGCUUUAAAGAAAGGGGAAAUGGUCGUGACUUUUCCAGCCGUCGAGCGAGCCUGGCUUCUCCUCUGUGGAUUUCCACAUGGGCAUGGGUGAGGACACGUGUCCUGUGGGCCUGUUUGCCAAGCUGCUCAGCCCAACGUGAAGCAGACUUUUUUAUCAAGGAUCUGUAUGUUGCCCAGCUGGUUUCCAACUUGCUUAUGAUCCUCCUGCCUCAGCCUUCAGAGUAGCUGAGAUUACAGGCCUUUAAGCCUGGACUCCGCCUCCACCCUCCACGGCUUCUUCAGUUCCCUCUGGGUCUCUGGACACUUGGCCCUGCCACCUGGGGCACACAGGAGCCAUGGGCCUUGCCUGGCGCGGGUGGGGAAGGCAGGGCUUCCGCCUUCUGGAGAGGAGUUUGCUGCUGUGGAAGCUCAUGGCAGUCAUCUUCGCUGCACUGCUGUUCUGCGAAUUCUUAAUCUACUACCUCGUAAUCUUCUGGUGUGGCUGGCCGGAGGUGGCGGCCCCUGCCCGCGGCGGAGAGCAGGCACCCGUGCUGAGAGCCAUGGUCCUGGCUGACACACACCUGCUCGGAGAAGUACAAGGCCACUGGCUGGACAAGCUUCGGAGGGAGUGGCAGAUGGAGCGAGCCUUCCAGACGGCCCUGUGGAUGCUGCAGCCUGAGGUCGUCUUCAUCCUGGGUGACAUCUUUGACGAGGGGAAGUGGAGCUCACCGCAGGCCUGGGCGGAGGACGUGGGUCGGUUCCAGAAGAUGUUCAGACACCCAGCCCACGUGCAGCUGAAGGUGGUGGCCGGCAACCAUGACAUCGGCUUCCACUACUGGGUGACCAGUUACAAAGUGAAGCGGUUUGAGAAAGCCUUCGGCUCGGAGAGGCUGUUUUCUCGGAAGGGAGUGAACUUCGUGAUGGUCAACAGCGUGGCCAUGGAGGGAGAUGGCUGUAACAUCUGCGCCGCGGCUGAGGCUGAGCUCCUGGAGAUUUCGCGCCAGCUGAACUGCUCCCGAGAGGUGCGGGGCGCCAGCCUGUGUGGAGCGGGGCGGCGGCUGCCCCCAUCGGCCCCCAUCCUGCUGCAGCAUUACCCGCUGUACCGCGCCAGCGACGCCAACUGCUCUGGACCCGACGCGGCUCCGCCAGAGGAGAGGAGCAUCCCCUUCAAAGAGAGAUACGAUGCGCUUUCCCUGGAGGCCUCGCAGAAGCUGCUCUGGUGGUUCGGGCCGCGCCUGGUGCUGAGUGGCCACACGCACAGUGCCUGCGAGGUGCUCCACGGCGCGGGGACCCCCGAGCUUAGCGUGCCGUCCUUCAGCUGGAGGAACAGAAACAACCCCAGCUUCAUCAUGGCCAGCUUGACGUCCCGAGACUACGCCCUGUCCAAGUGCUUCCUCCCUCAGGAGAACACCGUCCUGGCCACCUACUGCGGGGUAGCGGGGCUCCUGACGGGCCUCGUCCUGGCUCACUCGGGGUGGCUGGCCCUGCCCUUCCUUUCCGGCCGAACGGUGCUCAGGACGCAUAAGGCCAGGUGAGGAGUGGCAGCGGCCGUGCAUCCGGAGGGACGUCAGGACCAGACGCCCGCUCCCAGAGCCGCGGAGAGCAGCGUGGCGGUCUGCGGACGCACUGUCCUCGCAGUGGUGAGGUGCGGAAGGAACAGUGACUGCUCUGUUCGCACGCUGGGAACGGAACAGGCACUCUGCAACAGCUGCUCUCCUGGUCUACCAAAUACACGGGUAAUGGGGCUGCGGCUGCGAGGGCGUGAAGCUGCUCGUCCCGCCCCUGCCCCAGGCUCACGGGCCGUUUAGCUGUGUCCUGGGGCGCCGCCCCUCAGCCCCACCCAGCAGGAGCACACUGCUCCCCGGCUUUGUCCUUCCACGCUAAACUACUGACAUCAGGGUUCUAGAUAGACGGAAUUCUCUUCUCCAGGGGACGGGGCUGUUUCCCCGAACCUCACGCCUGUCAGAGGUCGGAACUUGAAGGAUGGACUUGGACGUGGCUUCUGGUAUUUAAAAAUAAAUGAUGCAGUAAUUUACA